GAAACAUCGAGUGUCAAUUGAAGGCAGAAGCCCUAAUUAAGCGAAAUGGGGGCGAUUGUGCCGACGGUGAAGCUGGGGUCGCAGGGCCUCGAGGUCUCCAACCAAGGCCUCGGCUGCUUCGGCAUGUCAGCCAGCUAUGGCCAGCGGAAGCCCGAAUCCGAGAUGAUCCAAGUCAUCCGCCACGCCAUCAACUCCGGCGUCACAUUUCUCGACACCUCCGACUCCUAUGGCCCCUACACCAACGAAAUUCUUAUUGGAAAGGCUUUAAAAGGGGUGAUGAGGGAGAAAGUGCAAAUUGCUUCUAAGUUUGGAGUAAUACACAAGGAUGGGGGAGUCGAUGUACAUGGUGAGCCAGAAUAUGUGAGGGCUUCGUGUGAGGCGAGCUUGAAGCGUCUUGAUGUUGGCUGUAUUGAUCUCUAUUACGCUCAUAGAAUCGACACUCGUGUGCCCAUUGAAGUCACUAUGGGAGAGCUUAAGAAACUUGUUGAAGAAGGGAAGAUAAAAUAUGUCGGCCUCUCAGAGGCUUCUAUUUCGACAAUCAGAAGGGCUCAUGCUGUUCACCCAAUUACUGCGGUCCAGAAUGAAUGGUCACUGUGGUCGAGAGAUUUGGAAGAAGAAUUAGUUCCUACUUGCAGGGAACUUGGCAUUGGAAUUGUUUCAUACAGUCCACUUGGGCGUGGCUUCUUUUCCCUAGGUCCCAAGUUGGUACAGAACAUGCUGGAGGGCGACUGGCGUAAGCACUUUCCAAGGUUCAAUGCUAAGAAUCUUGAAACCAACAAGGUGGUGUAUGAAAAGAUCAGUGAGAUCGCUACGAGGAAAGGCUGCACCCCGUCUCAACUGGCGUUAGCUUGGGUUCAUCACCAAGGAGAUGAUGUGUUCCCUAUACCAGGCACCACCAAGAUCGAUAACAUCAAUGAGAAUAUCGGAGCCCUCUCAGUGAAACUAACCCUGGAAGAGAUGACUGAGCUCUCGGCUUUGGCUGACAUGGUUAAGGGGGAUCGACAUGUGUUCAUGGAGAAUACAUGGAUGCAUUCCAACACGCCACCAUUGUCAUCUUGGAAAAUGGGAGAGCUUAAGAAACUGGUUGAAGAAGCGAAGAUAAAAUAUGUUGGCCUCUCAGAGGCUUCUGUCUCAACAAUCAGAAGGGCUCAUGCUGUUCACCCAAUUACUGCGGUCCAGAACGAAUGGUCACUAUGGUCGAGAGACUUGGAAGAAGAAUUAGUUCCUACUUGCAGGGAACUCGGCAUUGGAAUUGUUCCAUACAGUCCACUUGGGCGUGGCUUCUUUUCCCUAGGUCCCAGGUUGAUACAGAACUUGCCAGAGGGCGACUUGCGUAAGCUCUUUCCAAGGUUCAGUGCUGAGAAUCUUGAAACCAACAAGGUGGUAUAUGAGAAGAUCAGUGAAAUAGCUACGAGUAAAGGCUGCACCCCGUCUCAACUGGCGUUAGCUUGGGUUCAUCAUCAAGGAGAUGAUGUGUGCCCUAUACCGGGCACUACCAAGAUCGACAACAUCAAUGAGAAUAUCGGAGCCCUCUCAGUGAAACUAACCCCGGAAGAGAUGACUGAGCUCUCGGCUUUGGCUGACAUGGUUAAGGGGGAUCGGCAUGUGUUCAUGGAGAAUACAUGGAUGCAUUCCAACACGCCUCCGUUGUCAUCUUGGAAAGUCGAUACAUGAGACCACCGUGUUCCAUUUUGCACAAAGAAAAACUAGGUUUGAUCGUCUGAAAAUCUUGUUCCAGUUCUGUAAUCUGUUUUCGUCUGUCGAAUUUCCUAGUUUUUUCGAGGUUUCAUGGCUGAGAAGUCGAGACCAACUGCCUUCACUGAAUAAAAAUUAGUACUAAUAUUUGCUCGUU